AAUUACCAAAAGAAGCAAUUUGUUUUUGUUGCACUUAGAUGUUUUGUGGGAUAAUUUGAAGACAAAAAAAUAUGACUCCUUGGAUUACUUCUGUUUCUUGUUCUUCACAUUCUGUUGUGGCUGAAAAUGCCCAAGGAAUUUCAUUCAUACUUCAAUGGUUAAAAUUUAUAUUCCUAUCUCCAUGUCCUCAAAGGGCUCUUUUGACCUCCAUUGAUGUUGUCUUUUUGUUUAUCCUUUUCGUUUUCGCUAUUCAAAAACUGUAUUCAAGAUUCACCUCCAGCAACACUACUUCAAAUGUUCAUGAGCCUCUUAUCACUAAAACCAAAAUUGGUGUCAGUACCAAUAUUUGGUUUAAGUUGUCAGUUGUCGCGAGUGUUGUUUUAACGGUUUUGUCAGUUGUGUCGUCGGUCUUAGCAUUUACACAAAAUACCCAAAUGCCAUGGAAGCUGAUAGAUGGAAUAUGUUGGAUAGUCCAAACUUUAUCUUUCCUAGUGAUUACUGUUUUGAUCAUUCAUGAAAAAAGAUUUAAAGCUGUCACUCAUCCAUUAUCUCUUCGUGUUUUCUGGGUUGUAAAUUUCGUGGUCAUUGCUUUAUUGGCUUCAUCCAGUGUUGUCCGACUAGUUUCUGGAAACAGAAACACUUCAGCUUUCAAAUCUGAAGAUAUAAUUUUGUUGAUAUAUGUUCCAUUUUCAAUCUUCCUUUUGGUUUUAUCGGUUAAUGGAUCAACUGGGAUCAUUGUGACAACAGAAUCUGAAUCCCUAAAUGGCAAUGGGAAUGGUAAAGUAAUAAUACCUGCUGAUGAGUUGAACAAGUUAUCACACGUGAGCGGAUGGGCGUCAGCUUCAAUCCCAUCGAAAAUCUUUUGGCUGUGGAUGAACCCAUUGUUGAGAAAAGGCUACACUGCCCCUCUAAAACUCGAGGACAUUCCAUCGCUUUCACCUGAACAUCGAGCUGAGAAAAUGUCAAAGCUUUUUGAAGAAAAAUGGCCUAAGCCUCAUGAAAACUCAAAACAUCCUGUUCGAGUCACACUGAUCCGAUGUUUUUGGAAACAUGGUGCUUUCACAGCAUCACUUGCAGUUCUUAGACUCUGUGUUAUGUAUGUCGGUCCCCUAUUGAUCCAAAGAUUUGUUGAUUUCACUUCGGGGAAAAGAUCCUCUCCAUAUGAGGGUUAUUACUUGAUAAUGAUACUUCUUGUUGCAAAAUUUGUAGAAGUUUUAUCAGCCCACCAGUUCAAUUUUCAUUCUCUGAAGCUGGGAAUGUUGAUCCGGUCCACAUUGAUAACUUCAUUAUACAAAAAGGGGUUACGUCUCACGUGUUCUGCUCGACAAUCACAUGGUGUUGGACAGAUUGUGAACUACAUGGCUGUAGAUACACAGCAACUUGGUGAUAUGAUGUUUCAGUUGCAUGCUAUUUGGCUUAUGCCGGUUCAAGUUUCAGUGGCAUUAGGUAUACUUUACGCUUACAUUGGACUGCCAGCUUUGGUAUCUUUGCUCGGAAUCGCGUUGGUUCUAUUGUACGUAAUUCUGGGCACUAAAAGGAACAACAAGUUUCAAUAUAAUAUAAUGCAAAACCGUGACUUGAGGAUGAAAGCCACCAAUGAGAUGCUUAACUAUAUGAGGGUGAUUAAGUUCCAAGCAUGGGAAGAACAUUUCAACAAGAGGAUUCUAGCGUUUCGUGAGUCUGAAUAUGGAUGGCUUACUAAAUUCAUGUUCUCAAUAGGUGGAAAUAUGAUCGUGUUGUCGAGCUCCCCUUUGUUUAUUUCUUCACUCACUUUUGGGAGUGCGAUUUUGUUUGGAAUCCCACUUGAUGCUGGGACUGUGUUCACUGCCACAUCAUUGUUCAAGAACCUGCAAGAGCCAAUUCGAACAUUCCCUCAGUCAAUGAUUUCAAUCUCUCAGGCCAUGAUCUCCUUGGGAAGAUUGGAUGCAUUCAUGAUGAGCAAAGAGUUGAAAGAAGAUGCGGUGGAGAGGCAGGAGGGUUGUGGUGGAAGCACGGCAGUUGAGGUCAGAGAUGGGUCUUUUAGUUGGGAUGAUGAAGCGGCUGAAGGUGCUGCAGUCAAGAAUCUAAACUUUGAGAUCAAGAAAGGUGAACUUGCAGCAAUUGUUGGCACAGUAGGUUCGGGCAAAUCGUCUCUUCUCUCAUCCAUUAUUGGUGAAAUGCACAAAAUCUCCGGGAAGGUGAAGGUAUGUGGAAGUACUGCAUACGUUGCACAAACAGCAUGGAUCCAAAAUGGGACAAUUCAAGAGAACAUUGUGUUCGGUUUGCCAAUGGAUAGACAAAGAUACAAGCAAGUAAUCAAGAACUGUUGCUUGGAGAAGGACUUGGAGAUGAUGGAAUUCGGUGAUCAGACUGAAAUUGGUGAGCGUGGAAUAAACCUCAGUGGCGGGCAGAAGCAGAGAAUUCAACUCGCCCGAGCUGUUUACCAAGAUUGUGACAUUUAUCUUCUAGACGAUGUUUUUAGUGCAGUUGAUGCACACACUGGUUCAGAAAUAUUCAAGGAAUGUGUGAGGGGGAUCCUUCGAAACAAGACAAUCUUGCUUGUGACGCACCAAGUUGAUUUUCUCCAUAACGUUGAUCUGAUCUUAGUUAUGCGAGAUGGGAUGGUUGUUCAAUCAGGAAAGUAUGAUGAACUACUAGAAUCUGGACUCGAUUUUAAAGCUUUAGUUUCUGCCCAUGAAACCUCUAUGAAACUAGUUGAAAUGGAAGGUACAACAUCAGAUAAAAGCUCCACUAAACCUCUUGAAAAAUCUCCUAGCCUAAACCAUAAGGAAGAAGAUCAAAAGGUUUUAAAAAGAUCCAUUUCUAGUAAAAUCGUUGGCACAUCAAAACUAAUCGAAGAAGAAGAGAGGGAAACAGGAAGAAUCAGCUUGAACGUUUAUAAGGUUUAUGUGACUGAGGCAUUUGGGUGGUGGGGUGUGAUUAUUGUUAUAAUAUUUGCAUUAUUGUGGCAAGGCUCACAGAUGGCAAGUGAUUACUGGUUGGCCUAUGAAACUGCUGAGGAUCGUGCUGCCUCUUUUAACCCUUCGUUGUUUAUAGAAGUUUAUACAGCUAUAGCAGGUGUCGCCCUGGUUAUGAUAGUUGGUAGAAUUAGUUGUGCAACAAUCCUCGGGCUUAAAACUUCCCAAAUCUUUUUUCAACGGAUUCUUCACAGCAUCCUUCAUGCUCCAAUGUCUUUUUUUGACACUACACCUUCAGGAAGAAUUCUUAGUCGAGCAUCAAGUGAUCAAACGAACAUUGAUGUCUUCCUUCCGUUUAUGAUGAGCCUGACUUUAACCAUGUUCGCAACAGUCCUUGGAAUUAUAAUCGUUACUUGCCAGAACGCCUGGCCAACUGUUAUCCUACUGGUUCCUCUUGGUUGGCUAAAUUUCUGGUAUCGGAGAUACUAUCUUUCAACAUCUCGUGAAAUAACACGACUCGACUCCAUAACAAAAGCACCUAUUAUUCACCAUUUCUCAGAGAGCGUUGCGGGGGUUAUGACUAUUCGGUGUUUCAGGAAGCAAGACAGGUUUGUUCAAGAAAACAUUGAUCGUGUGAACGGAAAUCUAAGAAUGGACUUCCACAAUAUUGGUUCGAACGAGUGGUUGGGUUUCCGUUUGGAGUUCCUUGGAAGCUUAUUCUUAUGUGUUUCCACUGCAUUCAUGAUCAUCCUGCCUAGCAGUAUUGUGAAUCCAGCGAACGUGGGAUUAUCGCUCUCGUAUGGAUUGUCACUCAAUGGAGUGCUGUUUUUGGCUUUAUACUUUAGUUGUUUUGUGGAGAACCGUAUGGUUUCUGUGGAAAGGAUUAAACAGUUCACCAACAUACCUUCAGAAGCCGAAUGGGUUAAAAAGGAUAAUCCCCCUCCUUCCAAUUGGCCUUCUCAAGGCCAUGUAGAGAUCAAGAGUUUACAGGUUAAAUAUCGGCCAAACACACCUCUGGUAAUUAAAGGGAUUACCCUAAGCAUUAAAGGAGGCGAAAAGAUCGGCGUCGUUGGCAGAACCGGAAGUGGGAAGUCAACCCUAAUCCAGGUUCUGUUCCGAUUAGUGGAGCCAUCUGGUGGAAGUAUAACCAUUGAUGGUAUCAACAUAUCCACCCUUGGGCUGCAUGUUCUAAGGUCACGGUUCGGUAUCAUUCCUCAAGAGCCAAUCCUUUUUGAAGGCACUGUUAGAAGCAAUAUUGACCCCAUUGGUGAACAUUCUGAUGAAGAGAUCUGGAGGAGUCUUGAACGGUGCCAACUUAGCGAUGUUGUAUCUGCAAAACCUGGUAAACUAGAUUCUGCAGUUGUUGAUAAUGGCGAUAACUGGAGUGUGGGACAACGGCAACUUCUUUGUUUAGGACGAGUGAUGCUGAAGCACAGCAAGCUGUUAUUCAUGGACGAAGCAACAGCUUCUGUCGAUUCACAAACAGAUGCCGUCAUUCAGAAAAUCAUACGCGAGGAAUUUGCUGAUUGUACCAUCAUUAGCAUUGCUCACAGAAUACCAACUGUCAUGGACUGUGAUCGUGUUCUAGUCAUUGAUGCUGGUUAUGCUAAAGAAUUUGACAAACCUUCACGAUUGAUUGAGAGACCUUCUCUGUUUGGGGCAUUGGUUCAAGAGUAUGCUAACCGGUCUUCUGGUAUAUGAAAAGCUGUAAUCAUAUCAAGGUCGGGUUCAAGAUUCCUGUUUUGUACGACUAGUUUUUUCCGAUUACAUUGAAAAUUCAUUUUCUGGGAUUAUGUCCCAUUUAAGAUUAAUUUUGAAGUAGUUUAUUUUAAUUAUGGUGUAGUAUGAAGAUUGUAGCUUGAAUCUUUUCUUUUGAUUAAUAUAACUUCAGGGCACUACUCCCAGAGACCGUGAACUAAAAAUGUACGUGUAAUUAACUUUAAGAAACGAAUUUAAUUUUAAACUUCUGUAUACAAUACAAUAUAUAUCAUUUCCCCUAUAAA